AGAAUCCGACCUGCCAGCAGAACCCAAACCGGUCAGGUUGAACGCAUAACAGACAUCUUACAGCGCAUCAUCACUUGAUCAGAACCGCAGGCGACCAGUAUAUUUACGACGAGGCCGAACCUACUGCUGCUUUCUACAACCUCAUCCAGCAGUCCCGACUCUUCAUUUCAUUCACACUGGUGGUCAGAAAAGAAGUCCACGCCCGGGACGCAAUGUGAUGUAUCAGAACUGGUAAAUAAGAAACGAGAAACCUGCAGGGUUUCUCGUUUCAGGAUCAGGGUGAAUCACCGGUGGGUGGGGAGAUUUGACUGAGGCGGUCCUGCAGCAGGUCUCCAGCCUGUGAGGAGGCUAGAAGCGAUCCGGUGACCAAAUGUGAGCCCUGUGUGUCUCUCCCCCUCCGGCCAUAGGAAGGAGUGUGUGACAACUGCCCACAUGGGCUGAAGUGGCCCCCAGAGGAACGACUUCACUCCGCAGGGAGCCUGUGCGCAUGAGGAUGGAAGGCGGCGGAUGCGGAUGCUUCCUCCAGGACGCGCGGCUGUAAAACAGCAUGAAGGCGAGACGCGCAGCAUCUGACGGUCCCCGGGCGCCACGGUGACAGGCACACAUGGAUCACUUCUUUCGGAGAAAGCGGGCCGGCUUGGUUAAGUCCCUGCUGAGUCUGUCCCUGAUCUUCGCGUCUGUGCUUAUGAUUCUCAAGCUGAGGCUGUCGGAGAAAGAAGAAGUGGGUACGCGGCACGCACGAGACGCCGGCUGGUGCGGCCCGGACUGUUUUCCGUCCAUCGACGCGCCCGUGAAGUCCAACUUCUGGAAGCUGAAUGCCGCUGCGCCGGGCAACAGGGAGGACUCGCAGCGGGCGCCCAACGGGACCCCGGCCAGCUGGGACGCACAGGUUCUCAACUGCAGCGAGGACGAGUCGGUGAAGAGCCAGGACUGGUUCCGGCGCCUGGACCCGAGGUUUCACCAGUUCGUUCUGCACAGACACUGCAGGUACUUCCCCAUGCUCAUCAACCACCCGGAGAAAUGCGCGGAUGGAGAGGCGCACCUCCUCAUGGUGAUCAAGUCCGUUAUCGAGCAGCACGAUCGCCGGGACGCCGUGCGUAAAACCUGGGGCAAGGAGCUGACGGUGGACGGUAAGAAGAUCAGAACGUUGUUUUUACUCGGAACCCCGACAACCGGCAAAGACACGACGAACCUCCAGAAGCUGAUCGAGUACGAGGAUCAGAUCUACAGAGACAUCCUGCAGUGGGACUUCAUGGACACCUUCUUUAACCUGACCCUGAAGGAGGUGAAUUUCCUCAAAUGGUUCAACAUCUACUGUCCCGGAGUGCAGUUCAUCUUCAAAGGGGACGACGACGUGUUCGUGAACCCACGCAACCUGCUGGAGCUCGUGGGCUUCAAGGUGGAGGAGCGCAAAGACACCGACCUGUUUGUGGGGGACACCAUCGCCAAGGCGGUCCCCAUCCGAAACCGCCAGAGCAAAUACUACAUACCCAAAGAACUCUACGACAAGCCAUACCCGCCCUAUGCGGGGGGUGGGGGGUUCCUGAUGUCCUCCCAGCUGGCCAGGAGGCUCUUCGCGGCCUCCGAGGACGUGGAGCUGUACCCCAUCGACGACGUGUUUCUGGGGAUGUGCCUGAAGAGGCUGAACGUGGCUCCGGAGAUGCACUCUGGUUUCAGGACCUUCGGCAUCACCAGACUCAAGGUGAGCGCCUUGAACAGGGAGCCGUGCUUUUAUAAGAGCCUCAUCGUGGUGCACAAACUGAGCGCGCAGGAGCUGCUCAGGAUGUGGAGCAUAGUGCACAGCAAGGACCUGGUUUGCGCACAACGGACCUCCUUGUGAAGGGGCACCCAGUGGGCUGUAUAGGAUAAACGUCCAGGUGGGACCUGUAUUUACUUUAUAGAGUGGCUGGAAUUCACCGGAUGAAGUGGAGGAGACGCUGCCUGUCAGACAAAACCGCGUUUUAAAGCCUGGUUGCUGUAGCGGGAACUCUUUGGAGCCUAAACGCGCCUCCUUCGAUCCAUUUGUAAUGCGUAAAAACCACUACAGCUCCGACGCGCAAGAACAAACGGACGUUUUCAAAUUCAUCUCGUGCCAUAUGCUCUUGUCCUAACCUCAGAAACAACACGGUCACCAUGGGCUGUGGUGGAGGUAUGGUGUGUGUGAAUGUGCAGGUCAAAACUGGACCUUUCCCAUCACGUCUUUCAUUCAGGUUGUUUCCCCUGAAGCAGAUGUUAUCUUCAAAUGUCAGGAUUUUUAUAAACGAGACACCCUUAUUUAUUUAUAGAUCUUUUGUUGUUGUUGUUGCCAAUUAGAUAGAAAGAGUUGAAUUUGUUGAAGCUUCUUUCAGCUGGCUGACCAGCAGUGCACAGCGAGGGGUGGGUGGAGGGACAUUGUGCUCAGUGCAGCUGGAGAAAAGACUUUUCUCGCUGCCUUCUUAUUAAACAGAUCUUAAACAAUCACAACAGCCUGAUUAAAAUGCUGAACACUUACGGCGUUAAAACCGUACCUGCUGGAAAUCCCGGGGCUCCUUGAUCCCACGACUCGGCCCACGCCUAAUGGAAACGUCAUGGGUUUAAACAGGUACAGUUUUAUGAAUGCUGUUAUUGUUAAAUGUAUUUUAAGAUUGUAAAAUAAAUCAAAUAAAUUUUAAAUUUAA